AGCCACAUAGAAGGGAGCACUUUUAUUUGGAAAACAGUAAUUUCAAAAUCAUCUCCUGAAUUCAGAAUCGAUGGGUCUGGGUAGAUACCCUAAGUAAGUAAACAGGUAAAAUCUUCAUUAAUUGUUCACUUAUGAAGUAAAAUUUUAAAUUAACUGAUUAUGUACAGGAGUGUUUUUCACAUUUCCUGAUAAGAAUCACUUGGAAUGCUCUGUAAACACAGCUUCACUGGAGAUUAAUCCUAUCAAAUUGAUUCAGUGAGUCUGGGAUGGGCCAGUAAUUUGGAAAUUUUUAUUUUUACAAAUGCUUCCUGAUGAUGACCAAGUCCAAGAAAAUUUGGUAAACAAUGGAAAGUUAUCUGGAACAUAACUUUCAGUUUUCUCUGCAGUUUUUAAGUGCUGAACUACUCAUCAUCCUAGAGAUAACCCACUGAAAAGUCUUCUCUAAUCCAGUUUUACAAAAGGAGACUCUUUUUAACAUUUGGUUUGAUAAAAUGUUUUCCGAAGACAUACUUUACUUUGGCUGUUUUCAUUUCUGGCCCAUCCGUUCUACUUCAUGUUUUCUUGAAGAGUCCAUCUUCUAUGAGUUGAGGCAUAGCAAUCUAAUCAUUUUUAAAAUAAAUGGUUUCUUUUUUUUUUUUUUUUGAGACGUUGUCUCGCUCUGUUACCCAGGCUGGAGUACAGUGGCGCAAUCUCAGCUCAAUGCAAGCUCCGCCUCCCGGCUUCAAGUGAUUCUCCUGCCUCAAGCCUCCAGAGUAGCUGGGACUACAGGCGCCCGCCACCACGCCCGGCUAAUUUUUUGUAUUUUUGUAGAGACGGGGUUUCACCAUGUUAGCCAGGAUGGUCUCGAUCUCCUAACCUCGUGAUCCGCCCGCCUCGGCCUCCCAAAGUGCUGGGAUUACAGGCGUGAGCCACCGCGUCCGGCUAAUAAAUGGUUUCUUAUUAAAGGAUUGUGACAUUUAAUACCCGUUGCUUGCUCUUGUCUUGCUCCCUUCUCUCUGGAAACUUGUUAAGAAAUAACUCAAUAUUCUGGCUUUUCCACCUUAAAUCUCAUACUGACCAGCCCGUGUAUGCCAGCCUCGAUCUCAUCGUUUUCUUUAACCGGUCCAACUCCCUUUGGCGUCCCAGUCAAGAUAAUAUCUCCUUCUUCCAAGGCUAUGAUCUUAGAAACAUAGCUGAUGAUGUAGGGGAUGGAAAAAAUCAUGGAGGAUGUCUCACCCUCCUGUCUGAGUUCGCCGUUGACCUUGAGCCAGAGCUUCAGCUUGUGAGGGUCAGGGAUCUUCUCCUUGGGCACGAAGGCGCUGACCGGGCAGGACGCCGUGAAGCUCUUCGCCAGAGUCCAGGGCAGCCCCUUCUUCUUGCACUCGUCCUGCACGUCCCGGGCGGUCAUAUCCAGGCACAGGGCAUAGCCGCCCACGUAGUCCAUGGCCGCGGCCUCGGGGACUGCGCGGCAGCGCUUGCCCAUCACCACGCCCAGCUCCAGCUCGUGGUGCAGGUUGCGAGUGUACGCGGGCAUGAGGAUGGGCGAGCCCUCGGGCGCAUAGGCCGUGGACGGCUUCAGGAACAGCACGGGCUCACUCAACACCGCGCUGCGCAUCUCCCUGACGUGGUCCGCGUAGUUCCUCCCCACGCAGACGAUGUUCUUUCCCCACUCCCAGAAGCGGGACAGUUGCCUGGAGGCUGCCAUGAUUCCCAUCAAGUGCCCCUGUAGUCACGUGGGCUGGGCCGGUCAGCUGAUGCCUACGGCAUCCCGGAGAAGACCAACUGCCUCGGAACGCUGUCCCCGCAGCGACGGCCCGUUCCACCUCGCGAUCUGCCGGGUACCCGGGCGGCGUGGCGCUCGGCGUCCAGGGAGGCAAUGUGCGGUGCAAAAAGGAGGCGGAGGCUCGCGGCACAGCUCUCCUGGCGCACCUCUCGGGCCGCCGCCGCCGGUCCCAGGCCCGUCUCCUGGCCCGUGGCAGUCGAGCCUCGCGGAGAAAACAAGUCCAGCCCUGCUGGGAGUUCUCUACCACACAGAUUUGCGCAAAAAUCUGACCGUCAACGAGGGCACCAUGAAGGUGGAGGUGCUGCCUGCCCUGACCGACAACUACAUGUACCUGGUCAUCGAUGAUGAGACCAAGGAGGCUGCCAUCGUGGACCCAGUGCAGCCCCAGAAGGUCGUGGACGCGGCGAGAAAGCACGGGGUGAAACUGACCACAGUGCUCACCACCCACCACCAUUGGGACCAUGCUGGCGGGAAUGAGAAACUGGUCAAGCUGGAGUCGGGACUGAAGGUAUACGGGGGUGACGACCGUAUCGGGGCCCUGACUCACAAGAUCACUCACCUGUCCACGCUGCAGGUGGGGUCUCUCAACGUCAAGUGCCUGGCGACACCGUGCCACACUUCAGGACACAUCUGUUACUUCGUGAGCAAGCCCGGAGGCUCGCAGCCCCCUGCUGUGUUCACAGGUGACACCUUGUUUGUGGCUGGCUGCGGAAAGUUCUAUGAAGGGACUGCGGAUGAGAUGUGUAAAGCUCUGCUGGAGGUCUUGGGCCGGCUCCCCCCGGAAACAAGAGUCUACUGUGGCCAUGAGUACACCAUCAACAACCUCAAGUUUGCACGCCACGUGGAGCCUGGCAAUGCCGCCAUCCAGGAGAAGCUGGCCUGGGCCAAGGAGAAGUACAGCAUCGGGGAGCCCACAGUGCCGUCCACCCUGGCAGAGGAGUUUACCUACAACCCCUUCAUGAGAGUGAGGGAGAAGACGGUGCAGCAGCACGUGGGCGAGACGGACCCGGUGACCACCAUGCGGGCCGUGCGCAGGGAGAAGGACGGGUUCAAGAUGCCCCGGGACUGAGGCCGCCCUGCACCUUCAGCAGAUUUGGGGAUUAGGCUCUUUUAGGUAACUGGCUUUCCUGCUGGUCGUGCAGGAAAUUGUCUUGAUUUAACCUUAAUUUUACAGCCCUUGGCUUGUGUUCUCGGAUGUUCAAAUGCAUAUUUAUAAGAGAAGUUUAAAAAGUAUUUAUUCCCAUAA